CCUCCAGUCCCGGGGCUCCGUUAAUGUUUAAUCAGAGUGGAUCGUCCGAUGGGGUUCCGGUGGCGUGAUCUCCCGGCCCCCGGGCGUCGAGCUCCCACACCCUAGAAGGCUUGGUCGGCGUCGAGGCCCGGACUCUCCCCGCCUGGACCCAGCUUCGAGCCGGGCGCGCGCCCUGGUCCUCCCGCUGUCGGCCCGGUCCCCGAGCUCGCUGCGAUGCGCGCCCGCGGCUCUGCGCCGCCCUGGUGGCCGGUGCUGCUGCUCCUGCUGCUGGGUCCCGCGCGAGCCCGCGCCCAGGAGGACGAGGACGGCGACUACGUGGAGCUGGAGCUCGCCUUCCCGUCAGAGGAGGACGGCCCGGCCGACGCGACCCCGCACGUGCCCACCGCCACCUUCCACCGCUGCGCCAAGGACGCAUGGAGGCUGCCGGGCGCCUACCUGGUGGUGCUGAAGGAGGGGACGCCCCGCGCCCAGACGGAGAGCGCCGCCCGCCGCCUGCAGGCCAGGGCCGCCCGCCGCGGCUACCUCACCACCGUCCUGCACGUCUUCCACCACCUGGUCCCCGGCUUCCUGGUGAAGAUGAGCGGAGACCUGCUGGAUGUGGCCCUGCGGCUGCCACAUGUCGAGUACAUCGAGGAAGAUUCCUCUGUCUUCGCCCAGAGCGUCCCGUGGAACCUGGAGCGCGUCCUCCCUGAGCGGUACCAGGCGGAGGAGUACAGCGCCCCCAGUGGCGGCGGCCUGGUGGAGGUGUACCUCUUAGACACCAGCAUCCAGAGUGGCCACCGGGAAGUCCAGGGCAGAGUCACGGUUACCGACUUUGAGAGUGUGCCUGAGGAGGACGGGACGCGCUUCUACAGACAGGCGAGCAAAUGUGACAGCCACGGCACCCACCUGGCUGGCGUGGUCAGCGGCCGGGAUGCAGGCGUGGCCAAGGGUGCCAGCCUUCGCAGCCUGCGUGUGCUCAACUGCCAAGGGAAGGGCACGGUCAGCAGCACCCUCAUAGGCCUGGAGUUCAUUCGGAAAAGCCAGCUGGCCCAGCCCGUGGGGCCGCUGGUGGUGCUCCUGCCCCUGGUAGGGGGGUACAGCCGCACCCUCAAUGCUGCCUGCCGCCACCUGGCGAGGGCAGGGGUGGUGCUGGUCGCUGCAGCUGGCAACUUCCGGGAUGACGCCUGCCUCUACUCCCCAGCCUCGGCUCCAGAGGUCAUCACAGUUGGGGCCACCAAUGCCCAGGACCAGCCAGUGACGCUAGGGACGUUGGGGACCAACUUUGGCCGCUGUGUGGACCUCUUUGCUCCUGGGGAGGACAUUAUCGGCGCCUCCAGCGACUGCAGCACCUGCUUUGUGUCACAGAGUGGGACAUCGCAGGCUGCUGCCCAUGUGGCGGGCAUCGCGGCCAUGAUGCUGACGGCCGAGCCGGAGCUCAUCCUGGCCGAGCUGCGGCAGAGACUGAUCCACUUCUCUGCCAAAGAUGUCAUCAACGAGGCCUGGUUCCCUGAGGACCAGCGGGUGCUGACACCCAACCUGGUGGCCACGCUGCCCCCCAGCACCCAUGGCGCAGGGGGGCAGCUGCUCUGCAGGACGGUGUGGUCAGCACACUCAGGGCCCACACGCACGGCCACCGCUGUGGCCCACUGCACCCCCGGCGAGGAGCUGCUGAGCUGUUCCAGUUUCUCCCGGAGUGGGAAGCGGCGGGGCGAGCGCAUUGAGGUCCGCGGAGACAGGCGGGUGUGCCUGGCCCACAACGCGUUUGGGGGUGAGGGCGUCUAUGCCGUCGCCAGAUGCUGCCUGCUGCCCCGGGCCAACUGCAGCAUCCAUACGGCUCCGGCGGGGGCUGGGAUGGAGCCCAGUGUUCACUGUCACGAGCAGGACCACGUCCUCACAGGCUGCAGCGCCCACUGGGAGGCUGAGGAUUUUGGUGCCCACAGGCAGCCUGUGCCAAGGCCACGUGGGCCUGGCCAGUGUGUGGGCCCCAGGGAGGCCAGUGUGCAUGCAUCCUGCUGCCAGGCCCCUGGCCUGGAGUGCAAAGUCAAGGAGCAUGGGGUCCCACGCCCCAUGGAGCAGGUCACUGUGGCCUGUGAGGAUGGCUGGACCCUCACGGGCUGCAGCGCCCUCCCUGGAGCCUCUCUGGUCCUUGGGGCCUAUGCCAUGGACAACACGUGUGUGGUGAGGAGCUGUGACACCAGGGCAGCGGGCAGGACCAGCGAGGAGGCCGUGGCAGCCAUUGCCAUUGGCAUCUGCUGCCGGAGCCGGCCCUUGGAGCAGGCCGCCCCGGAGCGCCAGUGACAGCCCAGCCCGGACGUGCACCUGCGCAGGGCCGGGGCCUGGGCCUACAGAGCAGAUGUGCUUCUGCCUGGUGCUGCUCUUGCCUGGGAGAAAUCGGGGUCUUGCCUGGACAUCGUCCUGCACUGCAGCUCGCCCGCAUUCCCCCAUCCCCAUCUGACGUCACAGCAGGGGAAGCCAUGCUCUGCCUGCCAGCGUCCCCAUGUUGCUGCCCGUGGCAGAUGACCCACCUGUCUGAGCUCUUGCUGCCUCCCUGCAGGAGGACGUGGGGGCUGGAAGGGGUUGAGCGCCAGGCCUGGGCAGCAAGGAUGAGAGGAGCUGGUGGCCUACAUUGCCUGCCCACUUUCGAGAAGCCCCUUUGGAAUCCCUGGUUGAUGGGGGACCCGUUUUCCACACCCCUGGGGUGAGGGUAGAGAUGCGUGCGAUCCAUGACUCAGUUUCUCCCAGCUGCCCUCACUCUGCUCCCUGCACGGCAACACUGGCACCCUACUUUAUGGAGGAAGAAAUAGGGACUAGAAGGGGGGUGUCCACCAGCGCACACAGUAGGAAGUGGGAUGGUGCUGGGAUGUGCUCCUGAGCUUGGUAAGCAGCCAGGCCUCUGCUCUGCCAGUCCGGGCACCGGCUUGCAGGUUUCCUGGAGCCCGGGUUACUCCUGACAGCUCGGUGGGCUGUGGAAGGGCACAACUGUCCCUUCCCAAGUGCUUGCCCAAGCCAGUGUACAAGCACAUGCCUCCCUCUUGCUUUCUUCUCUCUGCUGCCUUUUUAUAGCAAGAAACUUUUCCAGACCUGUUGGGCUUUUGUAAGUUGGUAUUUAUUCUGGGUUUUGUAGUGUUUUUAUUAUGUGACUUUUUAAAAUAAAAGUAACUUUGUCACGA